UUUCUCUAGAUCAUAAGAGUUUGCAAUGGCAAUGAUCUGGAAAUUCAUGAGAGUAGCGAAGUAUUCUAAAACAGCUUUAUCACCAAAAGUAAAGGUAAGAGGAAUUCCCACCCAUUCAAGGCAUUCUUCAUCCAAGUCUGUACCUUCAGAUUUUGGUGCCAACACACCCUGCUCAAAUACUGUGGAACUGCUUGGUAAAGCUUAUCCUCAAGAUGACUACAGCAAUGUCACAGAAAAGAUUCUUUCCAAGGUGGGGAAGAACUUGCACAACAAAAAGCAUCACCCUUUGUGGCUAAUCAAGGAGCAGGUGAAAGACCACUUUUACAAACAAUAUAUAGGACGUCGUGGGACUCCGCUCUUUUCUGUCUAUGACGGUCUUUCUCCGGUGGUUACAGUACAGCAGAAUUUUGAUAGGUUGCUUAUCCCACAAAACCAUGCCAGCAGAAGGAAAGAGGAUAACUAUUACUUGAAUCGUGAUCACAUGCUAAGAGCACAUACAUCAGCUCAUCAGUGGGACUUGAUACACUCCGGCCUAGAUGCCUUUCUGGCAGUGGGAGAUGUCUACCGCCGUGAUACAAUUGAUAACACCCACUACCCAGUCUUCCAUCAGAUGGAAGGAGUUCGCCUCUUCUCCUGUCAUGAGUUGUUCUCCAACAUUAAAGAUGGUGAAGGUUUACAGUUGUUUGAGCAAGGUCAUCGCACUGCACACAAGCAAGAGUGUCACACCAUGGAGGCAGUGAGGCUGGUGGAGUUCAACCUGAAGCAAGUGCUCACAAAGCUCAUGAAUCACAUCUUUGGUGAUGGACUGCAAGUCAGAUGGGUAGACUGCUACUUCCCGUUUACUCACCCUUCCUUUGAGAUGGAGAUCAACUUCCAAGGAGAAUGGAUGGAGGUCUUGGGCUGCGGGGUCAUGGAGCAACAGCUAGUUAACUCAGCUGGUGCUCAGGAUAAAAUUGGCUGGGCAUUUGGCUUGGGUUUGGAGAGGCUGGCCAUGAUCCUGUACAAUAUCCCUGACAUCCGACUGUUCUGGAGUGAAGAUGAACGCUUCUUGAAACAGUUUAUUGUGCCUCACAUUUGGCAAAAAAUAAAAUUCCAGCCACUCAGCAGAUAUCCACCUUUGAUCAAUGACAUCUCCUUUUGGCUGCCUUCUGAGACAUACUCUAAGAAUGAUUUCUAUGAUUUGGCUCGAACCGUUGGUGGAGACCUGAUAGAAAAGGUUGUCCUAGUGGAUGAAUUUACCCAUCCAAAGACAAAGAAGGUCAGCCAUUGCUACCGUAUCAUUUACCGCCACCCGGAGAGGACUUUAACGCAGGACGAGGUGCAUCGCAUCCAUCAAGCUAUUGAGGAAUCAGCAGUUCGAGAACUUGGGGUUGAGGGCAGGUUCUAGCAAUGCUGGUCUGAAGCCCUAAUGACAGUUGCUUUUUCCUUUUUUGUUUUUUCUCUUCCGUCUUUUUUUUUUUUUCUUUUGGGGGUUGGGGGGUACAAGUAGAGAGAGGGAGGUUUUGACUGAACCUAGCGCAUGGAAAACGAUUGAUAAAUGGGCAAUGGUAAAACUACCAGAUAAUAAACAUUACUACUGAGAAA